CGACUCCUUGCGGGUCGGCCCCUCGCGCAUUCUGGUGUCCUCCUCAUCUUCAUCGUCGUCAUUGGAAAUCACCGGAGAAACCUGCCGGUGCUCAGCCGCGCAAGCCUCUCUACGCCCCUGGGCUCCUCGGCCUCGCAGCCCGUGGUGAGCCUCACCACCAACUCCAUCACUCGUCGCGUAGUGAGCUCGCCCGUGGCAGGCAUGUCACCCCAUGCAGUGCGGUCUUCCCCUCGCAUCGCCACCAUGCAUGCGACCUCGCUGGAAGAUGAGGAGGAGGGGCCGUCAACGUCUAAGCAGGGCCUGGUGAACAUCGUGGAGCCAAGGCUCGCUUCCGGGUGCACAUGCCGCAGUGGCGGCUGCCCUUCAGCCUGGGCAUGACGCUGAGUUCCCUGUUCUGGUUCUUUCUGGUGCCGUCGUUGGCCUUCGUGCUCUACCUGCUGUGCCAGAAGGAGAGCUGCACCAUCAUGAAGGCUCCCAGGGUGCCCAGGACGCUGGACGCAUACUUUCACUGGAAGCUCUUCAUCGGCUACCCAGCCUUCCUGCUUAUUCAGGCCCUGCUGCAGGCUCUGCCUAUCGGGCGCACGGUCCAGGGCUUUCCUUCCAAAGCUCUGAAGCAUCGCAUAUCCUACGACUACCGCAUCAACGGUUAUGUGAACUUGCUGGUUACGGCGGCGGUGUUUGGUGGCCUGGCGUGGUACGGCUUUCCCGUGGCCAUACCGUACCGGCACAUCUUCCAGCUGCUGGUGACCGCCGCCACGUUUGCCCCGGUUCUUGCUCUGUUCCUGUACGUCAAGGGGCGUUACUCGACCUGGGAGCACCAGUUCCCGCCAGGAAACACUGGCAAUGUGCUCAACGACUACGUGAAAGGCAAGGAGCUCUCGCCUCGCAUUGGUCGCACUUAUGAUCUGGCUGCGUGGUGCUUUCGCUGUGGACUCCUCACGUGGGCAACGCUGCUGGGUGCGAUGGCCUGGCACGAGUUCAAGGCCAAGGGAUGCCUGGAGUAUGGCUUUGCUGUCAGCGCGGCCUGCCAGAUGCUCUACAUCUGCACAGUCAUCAUGGACGAGGAGUACUACCUCAGCUCGGCCUUUGUGAACGAGGAUGGACUCGGCUACGUGGCCGUGGCGAGCUUCCUUGUCCUGAUGCCCUUUGUGAGCGUCCUGCCGGCCAAGUUCCUUUUGGAGCACCAGCCCAAGACCCUCCCCAUUGUCUGCUAUGCUGGCAUCGUCAUCCUGUUCUUGGUUGGCUUGACUGCGAUGCACCUCGCGCACAAGCGCAAGUACCACCUGCGGCGCAACUGGCCCGACCCAAGCUCCCGAGGACCGGGCCUGGACUACCUGUUGGACAAUGCCGGCAACCGUCUUGCCGUCUCCGGCCUGUGGGGCUCUGUGCGGCACCCAAACUACCUAGCCGACCUUGUCUGCCACCUGGCCUUUGCCCUGCCCUGUGGCUUCCACCACGUGCUGCCUUUCUACAGCGUGCUGCUGUCGACGUUGUUCCUCGUCAUGAGGACGAUAGACGUCGAGCGCAAGUGCCGGCAACGUUAUGGCGACCUCUGGGCAAGCUACACCCACAGGGUCAAGUACCGGCUCGUGCCCUACGUCUUCUGAGGUGGCCAUCGCCGCGGCCGUCUUGUUUCAUGUCUUCAUCCAUCUCCCUCUUCUGACGUCAUCCCUCUUGUCUGUGCAUCUUACGACUCGCCCACCCCCGCCCUGACAUUUUUAAUUUUGCUUGUCGCACGCCUCUGCUGUGCCGUGCCUCUCCCCCAUUUUUUUUUAAUGGAAUCGUGGUCUGCGAUGGUUUGUGCACGAAUGAGCUUGAAAAAUGCUGGGAUUUACAUGAUGGGAGGGGGGUUCGCCGGGGACAAUGUAAAAGGCGGUAA